ACUGAUGUGGGUUUGAUGGCACUCAACAACUGGCUUCUGAAGAUGAGCCAGGCGAGGAAAUUCCUGCAGGAUGUCCAGCAGAGGCUCGGAGACCUCAGCGGGACCAAGCUGACGGAGGAACAGCUGAAGAAGCAGGCGGAAGUGGAGGAGAUUCUCCACAACAAGCAAGACAUCGAAGACACUAAGUGCGGAUUUGGGGUUUUCAAGCCCAAAUGGCUACAGUACCUGGCCAAGAAGGAGAUUUACAUCCUUGUCUAUUGCCUGACAGGAAUGACCCAUGGAAUGUUCUUCACCUACACCGUGUCAGUUCUGUCAACAAUUGAGAAGCGGUUUGGUCUGACCAGUAAACAGACAGGAACCAUCCUCAGCGGCAACGACGUGUCCCAAGUAAUCCUAUCCAUCCUACUCGGGUACUACGGGAAUUACGGGCACCGUACCCGAUGGAUGAGCGUCGGAGCCCUCAUGGCAGCCGUUUCCGGCUUUGCAGCUGCCCUGCCCCACUUCAUCUACGGGCCUGGGCAAGAUGCCAUCUCCAUUGCCCAGUUUUCUAAGCAAGCUGCGGCCGCUGCUUUGUUGAAGAAUAUUACAACGACACAGAAAAAGCAAGAACUCUGCUACUCCCAACUGGAGGACACCUGCGAUGCCGAAGACGGUGGUGGAGGCGGGUCUUACAUUGGUCCCGUGAUCUUCUUCUUCAUUUCGCAAUUCUGCGUCGGCGUGACCGUCAGCAUGUUCUACAGCAUCGGCGUCACUUAUAUGGACGAUAACAUCAGCAAGAAGAGCUAUCCUAUAUACUACGCGGCCACCUUCAUGUUGAGGAUUCUGGGGCCAGUGUGUGGAUACUUCGUAGGUGGGAAGUGCCUCUCUGUGUGGAUCGUCCCUUCGGAGCAACCGAAUCUUACGAGGAAGGACCCGAGGUGGUACGGGGCUUGGUGGAUAGGGUACCUCUUCUUCGGGUGCAACCUGAUCUUUGCCGCGAGUCUUCUGAGCCUCUUCCCGAAGAAGCUACCAGCCACGCUGAAGAGGGAGUCCAAGAGAGUGGUAAGGCAAGCGGAGAAGGAAGCCCAGGCAGGAGGGAAGAGGGGCAUAGAGUAUUUCGCCUCUCUGGCCAAAACCAAGAAAGAGGAGAGAGAAAAACCCACCUUCGAGAAUCUAAAAAAAGCCCUGAAGCGCAUCUUCACCAACAAAAUCUGGGUUGGAAACCUCUUCAACACAGUCGUUUAUGUCUUAGCCGCCUCAGGCUACUGGAAUUUCAAGCCCAAGUACCUGGAGAAUCAGUUUCGGAGGAGCACCUCCGACUCCAGCUAUUACACAGGUGUCACAAGCCUUGUGUCCCUCGUUCUUGGCACUGGCCUGGGCGGGGCGGUGUUGCGAUGGGCCAAGCCUGGGCCAAGGUUCGUCACUGGUUAUAACAUCUUCAUCACCCUCCUGCAGAGCUGCAGUUACAUCGUCCUCAUGUUCAUUGGCUGCCCGAAGCUCCAAGUUAUUGGUCCAGUGGAAGGGUCAACUCUACCGCCUUGCUCAGCUGACUGCGGGUGUUCGGACAGAUUCACCCCGAUCUGUUCAGAGGACCAGAAGACGCUCUUCUAUUCCCCCUGCUACGCUGGGUGCACUGCUGCAGAUACCACAGCGAGUCCAAUAGUCUACAGUGGAUGCCGUUGCAUAACGAACACGACAGAUCCUUUGGGCAUGACAAACUUCGACAACUUCACAGAGCAGGGCCAAAGCCAAUUCGGAUACGCCACGAGUGGAUACUGUGACGAAACUUGUGACAAGUUCUUCUACUACAUCAUCAUUCAGAUGGUCGUGAAAACUGUGGCAUCUACGGGGAGAGUUGGAAGCAGUCUCAUCAACAUAAGAUCUGUGGCUGACGAAGACAAGGGCAUUGCCCUGGGCACCAUUACAGUAUGCAUAAGCCUCUUCGGUUUCAUUCCUGCACCUAUCAUCAUGGGAGCCAUCGUGGAUUCUGCUUGUCUGAUCUGGGACAAGACUUGCGGGAAAUACGGGAACUGUUGGCUCUACGACUCGGAUAAAUUUCGACUCAUUAUCCAUCUGGUUCCUGCAAUCUUCAUAUUCAUCUCAGUCAUCGGGGACAUCGUCGUCUUCCACUACAGUCGACAAAUGGACCUUUACGGAGAAAGGGAGGAUGAAAUAGACCUCGAGAAUCAGGAGAAGAAGGAAGGAAAGACCGAAGAGUCUGAACCCCUGAAUAAGAAGGAAAGCGAAAGGAGGGAACCGGAAAAGAACGGAAUAAAGAAAUGAGAAAGAAUAAAGAAAUAAGAAAAAAGAAAAGUUGAAUGUAUUCAAUUCACAAAAAGAAAAAUAUAACUCGUUAUAAUAAUUAA